AUGGACCAUCUUGCACACCCGCCCCGCCAGGGCCACCCGCUGCCGCCUGCGUCUCCGGCCCAUGACCCCCCCGACGACGCCUUAAACACGCCUGCCCUCCCGCCCUCGCGCCCGCUGCCGCGCGACACUUGCGACCGGCGCCGCCCGCAGGAGGAGGACAACACCAGGCUCAAGAAGAUGUCGUCCAACCUCGUCGGCAAGGCCGUCAGCCCCUUUCUCAAGGAGCACAUCCCCGGCCUCUACGCCCCCGUCGGCAAGGGCGCCAUCGACGACGCCGCCGACUCCCGCGCCAAAGACCCCAACACCCGCUACUGCUAUCGCCACCGACCCGAUUCGAAGUGCCGCCGCGCCGCCGACGAGACCAAGAUGGGCUUCAUCCAGAGGGAGCUCAACAGCCUCUCCGUCGCCGACCAAGAAGCCAUCACCCACGUCUGGUCCCUCUUCUCGGCCGCCCCCGCCAAGCACCGCGACCUGAUGCUGCAGGGCAUCAUCACCCAGUGCUGCUUCCCCCAGCUCUCCACCGUGUCGCGCGAGGUCCAGGAACAGCUCAAAAUCGACUUUCUCGCCGCUCUCCCCACCGAGCUCUCCUACAAGAUCCUGUGCCAUCUCGACACCGUCUCGCUCUGCAAGGCCGCCCAGGUUAGCCGCCGCUGGCGCAACCUGGCCGACGACGACGUUGUCUGGCACCGCAUGUGCGAGCAGCACAUUGACAGAAAGUGCACAAAGUGCGGCUGGGGGCUGCCGCUGCUGGAAAAGAAAAAAUUGACGGCCUGGAGCCAGCAUCAAUCCGCCCACCACCGCAACGACCGCGCCGAUGCGGCCCAGGACUCGGUCCAAGACUCUGCCGACCCGACCACUUCCUCACCUCAGCCCGCUAACAAACGGUCCCUGGCGGCCUGCGACGACGGGCCAUCGAAGCGGCCCAAGCGCAACCCCAAGGCGGCGCUCUCGCCGCGAUCGCAGCUCGAUGUCGAGCGCCAGUUCCGGCCGUGGAAGGACGUCUACCGCGACCGGUACAAGGUGGGCUACAACUGGAAGACGGGUCGGUGCGCCAUCAAGACGUUCAAGGGCCACGAAAACGGCGUGACGUGCCUGCAGUUUGACGACAACAUGCUGGCGACGGGCUCGUACGACACGACCAUCAAGAUCUGGAACAUUGAGACAGGCGAGGUGAUGCGCACGCUGCGCGGGCACACGGCGACGGUGCGCACGCUGCAGUUUGACGAGUCCAAGCUCAUCAGCGGCAGCUUCGACAAGACCAUCAAGAUCUGGAACUGGCAGACGGGCGAGUGCCUGAGCACGCUGCAGUGCCACACCGAGGGCGUGCUGUCGGUGCACUACGACGGCUGCACGCUGGCGUCGGGGUCGAUUGACAAGACGGUCAAGAUCUUUAGCUUCGACACCAAGCAGACGUUUUGCCUGCGCGGGCACACCGACUGGGUCAACCACGUGCGCAUCGACUCGCCCUCGCGCACCGUCUUCUCCGCUUCGGACGACAUGUCGGUCAAGCUGUGGGACCUGGACUCGAAGCAGUGCAUCAAGACGUUUCGCGGGCACGUGGGCCAGGUGCAGCAGGUGCUGCUGAUGCCGUCCGACUUUGAGCCCGACGCCGUCCCGAGCGAGGACAAGACGGACGCGGCGUCGGUGCACAGCAGCCGCGGCGGCACGCCGACGCCGAGCUGCGCCGAGGCGCCGGCCGUGGUGGACUCGCGGGCGGCGCUCGGCCACGGGUUCGCAUCGGACCCGGCGCGGCCGCUGCCGCCGCGGUACAUGCUGACGGGCGGGCUGGACAAUACGGUGCGGCUGUGGGACGUGGAGACGGGCAAGUGCAUCCGCAGCAUGUUUGGACACGUCGAGGGCAUCUGGGGCCUGGUGGGCGACACGCUGCGGGUGGUGACGGGGGCCAACGACUCGGUCACCAAGAUCUGGGAGCCGCGGUCGGGCAAAUGCGACCGCAGCUUCACGGGCCACGCGGGGCCGGUGACGUGCGUCGGGCUGAGCGACAGUCGGAUGGCGAGCGGCAGCGAGGACGGCGAGGUGCGGCUCUACAGCUUUGAGGGCGAGGGGGCCGAGGAGAGGGGGACGCCGUCGUAG